GCUUGGUGGACUCUUUCCCUUUACUCUCUUCCGAGGCAGAGCCUUUCUUUUCAUCUUUCUCCUCUAUCCCAGUCUUCCCUUCACUGUGCUAGACCGCAGGCUUUUAAGGAUUUCCCCUCCCCUUCAUUCAGGUCCCUCAUUCUCCACCGUCCUAUCUUGAGUCACCGUCAUGCAGCUCGGUCUCUCCUUCACGCUGCUUCUGGCAAGCCUUCUCGUCGCCCUUUCCGCCGUUGAUGCGGCUCCCUUGAAGCGUCAGAACAGUGGCAUGGUAACUCUCCCCCUCAAACGAGUCCAUGGCCCAAGGGACGGCGUCCAUCCCCAGGUCCUCCUCCAGCAGCACAUCAACCGGUCACACCGCCGUCUGGCGCGAAUGACCGGCCGUGCCGGCCCCUCCAGCGAGGAACUCGUCUCUUCCAUCGCUAAACGCAUGACCGUCGCAGAUGAAGACAUUCGGCGCCGCUCCGUCCUCGAGACGCGUUACAACCGUAAUGGUCUGGGCGGUAUCAGCAAGGGCAUUAGUGCCGUGAUCAACAACGCGAAGGCCAAACUCACCGGUGCCAAGACUGCUGCUGUUACUGCCGCUGCUAAGGCCAAGGGCAAGAAGGGUGGCAAGAAGGCCGCUGCUGUUGCCGGUGCCGCCGCCGCCGCCGCUGCCGGUGCCGGCACAGCCGCCGCUGCAAAUAAUGCUGCAGGUGCGGCAGGCUCCAACUCAACGUCCGCUGGUGUCUCCCCGAUCGACAUCCAAGCCGCUCAGCAAGGUGGCCUCACUGCGGCAAACACACCUGCAACCGCCAACUCCCUUGGUCUGGACAUCGAGGCUAACGAUGUCGGCUAUAUUGCUACCGUCCAAAUGGGCACUCCACCCCGUGAUUUUAAGCUGCUCAUGGACUCCGGAUCCGCUGACCUUUGGGUCGGCGCCGAAGGCUGCACAUCCACGGCUGGUGGCGGAUGCGGUAACCACGUCUUUUUGGGAGCCAAGUCAUCUUCGUCAUUUAAGGACACGAACGCACCGUUCCAGGUAACCUACGGCACUGGCGCGGUUGCGGGCGACAUCGUCACGGAUGAUAUCACUGUUGCCGGUCUUGCACUCGCGGCGCACACAUUCGGUGUUGCACUCCAGGAGACCAAUGAUUUUGCAUCUAACUCCGUUCCGUUUGAUGGUCUCAUGGGCCUUGCACAGAGUACUCUUUCGGAACAACAAACCCUGACCCCCAUCGAGUCUCUGGCCAAAGCCGGUCUUGUCACGGAAGCCAUCACCUCGUACAAAAUUUCCCGUCUCGCGGAUCAGAAGAACGACGGAGAGAUCACGUUCGGCGGUUUGGAUGCCUCAAAGUUCGACUCUGCCACACUCGUCAAUCUAGCCAACGUGAAUAAACAAGGCUUCUGGGAAGCCAGCAUGGAUGCCGUGACUGCCGAUGGCCAGGACCUCGGGCUCACAGGCCGUACUGCCAUCCUCGACACCGGCACAACCCUCAUCGUCGCUCCCCCUGCCGAUGCCCUUGCUGUCCACAAGGCCAUCCCCGGUGCGGCGUCUGACGGCCAAGGCGGCUUCACGAUCCCAUGCACCACUACGACCUCCAUCGCUUUCUCAUUCGGCGGAACCUCUUUUGCGAUCGAUCCCCGCGACCUUGCUUUCUCCCCGGUCAACGCCAACGACCCCACAGGUGACUGUGUCUCCGGCAUCUCCUCUGGUCAAAUCGGGGGCGCGCAGGAGUGGUUGGUGGGCGAUGUCUUCCUCAAGAACGCGUACUUCUCUACCGACGUCGGCAAGAACACGCUUGCGCUUGCUAAGCUUGUCUGAUUGUUUGGUUGCUGAGUUUGAGUCCCAUUUGGGGCGCGCUUCUCGAUGGUCAUUGGUUGCUUUCGUAGUGCACACGUAGUCCGCAGGGCAUAGAUUGGUCCAUGUUCACGUUUUCAUUCUGGCUUUGCUGGCUUGUAGGAUAGGAUUCAUUUGUAUUGCUGCAACACUGAUAUCUUGAAAAGGCACAACGUAAGUGUGUUCCGGC